GAUCUAGGGUCGCUUGUGGAACGGUGGUGAGAGAAAGGAAAGCAAACGAACAUUUGCUUUGCCGUAGACAAAAUCAGAGAUCCUCUGUGGCCCGGCGUUUGGCUAGUUUUCGAGGGCACCUGACGAAGCAAUGGCUGAUUUCAUCGAUUCUGAAGCAGAGGAGAGUGAGGAGGAGGAGGAGUUGGAGCCACAUGAACGGAAAAAGCUCAGGAAAAACAAGGCCGUCUCGGACAGUGAAGAUGAAGAAGAAGAUGAUGAUGAUAGGCUGCGAGAAGAGCUGAAGGAUCUGAUCGACGAUAAUCCGAUUGAAGAAAGCGACAACGAUGACGACUCUGAUGACGGAUCCGAAGGAGGUCACCAGAAGCGCAAGAAAAGUGACGAUGAGCUAGACGACAGGCUUGAGGACGAGGAUUAUGAGCUGAUUGAGGAAAAUUUGGGUGUUAAAGUCGAACGGAAACGGUUCAAGCGCUUGAAGAAGUUCGCCAACGAUGAUGGCAGCGAUGGGGAGUCGGGUGAUGAAGGUAUGAUUCGGGAAACGAUCGAAAAUCGAUUGUUUGAUGCGGCUUCCGAGGAUGAUGAGGAACGUGCAUCUGAUCAUGAGGGGCAGCGUGAUACGCUGGCCCAUGUUCGGGAGCACUAUGACGAGGAGGAAGACGAGGAGUCUGACGCAGACGAUUUUAUAGUUGAUGAUGAUGGAGUGCCGAUCAGCGAUAAGCGCAAAAAGCGAAGGCACAUAUUCACCGAUGCGUCGCUCCAAGAAGGGCAGGAUAUUUUCGGCGUUGAUUUCGAUUACGACGAAUUUGAGAAGUAUGACGACGAGUACGAAGAGGGAUCGGAGGCAGAGGAUGAGUACGAAGAGGAGCAGCUGGAUCAAGUGGAUCGUCCCAGCGGCGAGCGAAGCAAGAAAGCCAAACCGGCCGCCAGAAAGCGCCCGCUCAAAAAGUCCAUCUUUGAGAUUUACGAACCGAGCGAACUUAAACGUGGCCACUUCACCGAUUUGGAUAACGAAAUUCGUAAGAUCGAUAUGCCGGAACGAAUGCAGCUGCGGGACGUACCGGUGACUGGCGUGUCUGAGGGUUCGAAUGAGCUGGACGACGAGGCAGAAUGGAUCUACCAGCAGGCGUUCUGCAAGCCGCACGUUUCCGAUCAGGGAUCGAUGACCCGUAAGCCUCCUUCGAACGUGCCCAAGAUCAAACAGUCGCUGGAUUUUAUGCGCAAUCAGCACCUGGAAGUGCCGUUCAUCGCGUUCUACAGGAAGGAGUACGUGCAGCCCGAUCUGAACAUCAACGAUCUUUGGAAAAUUUACAAGUAUGAUUCGAUGUGGUGCCAGCUGCUUGGCCGUAAAACCUCGCUGCAGCGGCUGUUUGAAAACAUGCGUAACUACCAGCUGAAUAAGCUGAUGGAAACCCCGGACGCGCCGAUUCCGGAGGAUAUGCGUAUAAUUCGUGAUGAAGAUCUCACGCGUUUGCGAUCGGUUCAAUCUCCGGAAGAACUGAAGGACGUGCACCUGCACUUUCUGUUAUAUUACGCGCACGAAAUCAUGCCGAUGAAGGCACAGUUGAAGGAAAAGACGCGAGAGCAGCAGCGAACUCACAAGAAGUCGCGGGCAGCUCGGAAAAAGGAGAAUGGCGGCGAGGACGACAACGAAGAUGAUGAACAGGAUGAUGAACUCCAGCAUGGGGAGGAUGAAGAGGAAGAGGAUGACGAUCAAGAUCAGGUAAAGCUGAACAUUGAUAUCGGGCCUUACUCGAUCUGCCGGAAGAGAGGUUUGACUGGGUUGUCGAAGCGAUUCGGGUUGACGCCGGAACAGUUUGCAGAGAACGUACGUGACAGCUAUCAACGGCACGAGGUAGAGCAGGAGGCAAAAGAACCGCUUGAGGUGGCAAAGGAAUACAUGGGUGCUUCAUUCGAAUCACCCGAGGAGGUGUUGCAGGGUGGCGUGUUCAUGGUCGCGAGGCAGCUCGCCCGUGAACCGUUGCUUCGCAAGUGCAUCCGAGAGCUGUUUUUCGAACGAGCCAAGCUCAACGUUCGUCCCACCAAGAAGGGUAUGAAGGAGAUCGACGAGACGCAUCCCUGCUACGCGAUGAAAUAUCUUAAGGAGAAACCCGUUCGAGAUUUGACCGGCGAUCAGUACAUGAAGCUGCACAUCGCUCAAGAAGACAAGCUCCUAACGAUGGAGAUAGCUGACCGCAUAGAAGGAAACGCGUCGGGCGAUCUGCUUGAAGAACUGAAGGCACUCUACUACCGGGACGAGUUUGCGAAGAACGUGCAAGAGUGGAACAAGCUGCGGGCGGAAUGUGUCGUGUUGGCGGUCAACCGUAUGGUUAUCCCGGAUUUGAAACGUGAGUUGCACAACAUACUACUGACCGAAGCGAAGGACGCUGUGCUGCGUGUUUGUUGUCGCAAGCUGUAUAACUGGAUAAAAGUAGCGCCCUAUCGGCCUCCAGUCCCUGACUUUGACGACUACGAGUGGGAAACAACACGUGGUGUGCGCGUGAUGGGAGUUGCGUACGUGCCCGAUUACACGCAGUCAGCUUUUGGAGCGAUCAUCGCACCGGAUGGCGAGGUGACGGACUACUUACGUAUACCGCACCUUAUGAAGAAGAAAAAUGCGUACCGCGAGGCGGAAAAGCAAUGUAAGGAAACGGAUCUGCGCACAAUUACUAACUUCAUCCGCAGCAAGAAGCCGCACGUGAUCGCGAUCGGUGGUGAAUCUAAGGAUGCGUUGAUGGUGCAACAGGACUUCGUGGAGUGCGUGAAGCGGCUGCAGGAAGAGGAACAGUUCCCGCAAGUGGCGGUCGAGAUCGUGGACAACGAGCUAGCGAAGGUGUACGCCAACUCUGUCAAGGGUAUGGGUGACUUCAAGGAGUACCCACCGUUGCUGCGACAGGCGAUAUCGGUUGCGCGACGCGUGCAGGAUCCGUUGGUCGAAUUUUCGCAGCUGUGCAAUGCCGACGAGGAAAUUUUGUGCCUGCGUUAUCAUUCGUUACAGGAGCAAUUGUCGAAGGAGGAGCUGUUGGAGAACAUUCACCUGGAGUUUAUCAACCGCACUAACGAGGUCGGUGUGGACGUGAACUUGGCCGUACAGAACCCUUUGACGGCCAACUUGGUGCAGUUCAUUUGCGGACUGGGACCUCGUAAGGGUCAAGCUUUGUUGAAGGUGUUGAAGCAGACGAACUCUCGACUCGAAAACCGCACACAGCUCGUCACGACCUGCCACAUGGGUCCGAAGGUAUUUAUCAACUGUUCGGGUUUCAUCAAGAUCGACACCAAUUCUCUUGGGGACAGCACAGAAACUUACGUAGAAGUGCUGGAUGGGUCACGUGUACACCCGGAAACGUACGAAUGGGCUCGCAAGAUGGCGGUCGACGCGCUUGAGUACGAUGACGAAGAGGCGAAUCCCGCCGGAGCGCUCGAGGAAAUCCUAGAGGCCCCUGAGCGGCUGAAGGAUCUCGAUCUUGACGCGUUUGCGAUCGAACUAGAGCGACAGGGCUUUGGCAACAAGAGCAUCACUCUGUACGACAUCCGGGCGGAACUUAAUUCGCGCUACAAGGACCUCCGCACGCCGUUCCGUUCGGUGACGUCGGAGGAGUUGUUCGACUACCUCACCAAGGAGACGCCGGAGUCUCUGUACGUCGGCAAGAUGAUGCUGGCCACGGUGGCUGGGUUCACGUACCGGAAACCGCAGGGUGAGCAGCUCGACCAGGCGAAUCCGGUGCGAAACGAUGAGACUGGGUUCUGGCAAUGUCCGUUCUGCAUGAAGACCGAAUUCCCAGAACUUUCGGAGGUGUGGAACCACUUCGACGCUGGCGAGUGCCCUGGACAAGCGACGGGCGUGCGGGUGCGCUUCGAUAACGGAUUGAACGGGUUCAUCCACAUCAAGAACCUGUCUGACAAACACGUUAAGAAUCCGGAGGAGCGCGUGCAAAUUGGCCAGACAGUGCACGUGAGAGUGACAAAGAUCGAUAUCGAGCGUUUCUCGCUUGAAUGUUCGUCCAAGAGCUCGGAUCUGUGCGACCGCAAACAGGAAUGGCGGCCACGCAAGGACCUUUGUUACGACCAGGACGCCGAGGAAGCAGAUUCGCGAAAGGAGGCUGACUCGAAGAAACAACAGGCGCGCCAACAGUACGUCAAGCGCGUAAUAGUCCACCCAUCUUUCCACAACAUCUCGUACGCGGAGGCGCUCAAGCUGCUCGAAGGCUACGACCAGGGUGACGUGAUCGUGCGGCCAUCUAGCAAGGGGGCAGAUCAUCUCACGGCGACGUGGAAGGUAACGGACGGCAUCUACCAGCACAUUGACGUUCGCGAGGAAGGCAAGGAGAACGUGUUUAGUCUAGGGCAGUCGCUUUGGAUCGGUAACGACGAGUUUGAGGAUCUGGACGAAAUUAUCGCCCGGCACAUCACACCGAUGGCUACUUACGUGCGGGAUCUACUCAACUAUAAGUACUAUCGGGACACGGACGGUGGCUCGAAGGAGAAGGCCGAAGAGAUUAUCAAAUCCGAGAAGCAAAAGAACCCUAACAAGAUCCAUUACAUCGUGUCUGUGUCGAAGACUUACCCCGGCCGAUUUUUGUUGUCUUACCUGCCGCGCAACAAAUUCCGUCACGAAUACGUCACGGUGACGCCCGAUGGGUACAGGUUCAGGCAUCAGACGUUCGAUUCGGUGAACUCGCUGCUGAAAUGGUUCAAAGAGCACUUUCGUGAUCCGAUUCCGAUCGAGACGCCCAAGAGUACGCCAAAGGUCGGCGGAAUGUCCACGCGUACUCCAUACGGUAGCACGCCUAAGUUUAGCGAUAUUAACAGUGAAACGAUCGAGUCUGUUGCGAAGAACAUGCCCUCGCAUAUGCUGAAUUCGUUGUCGGCCGCAGCUCAUCAUACGCCGCACUAUUCCUACACGCCUCUCGAGUAUGGUUCGAGCAACUUUGUCACCACGCCGUACACACCUAGUGGACAGACUCCCUACAUGACGCCGUAUCAGCAGACACCGCACUUUUCGCAAACACCUCGGUACGGUACCUCGACACCGUCGCAGUACUCGAACAAAUCGUCCUACACCGUCAUUCCCACCGGUCCGCCUCCCGGACAUCAUGGCUACAAAUCAUCGUCCACCGGGCGUGGAAUGGGCAGUGCGAGCAGUGCGGCUAGCAGUAGCAGCGGCCUCAUGAUGAUGCAGCAACCGUCACCGUAUUCCAACAGCAGCGAACACCACUACCGAUCGCAAUCGUCGCAGCAGAUGCACCACUCGCGGAACAACGAGUAUGACAGCUGGUCCAAAGCGACCGAUUCGUGGAGCAAUCGCGGCGGUUCCGGGGGCAGCAGCAGCAUGAUGAAGGGACAGUCUCACCACCACCAUGCAUCGUCCGAUCGAAGCUCGGUAUCCGGUGGAGGAUCAUACCAUCAUCACCACGGUGGUGGCAGAUCAAGCGAUUCGGUGAUCUCGUCUAACUCACACGAUCACCGCAUGACCCCGCGGUCGUCCUCCAAGUAUUCGGCUAGUCGUUCGCCGAUGCCGCCUCCGCAGACAACGACGCAGACGGCACAGCCAGCCGCUCAGCCGAACCCCUCUGCCGCUUCGCUGACGCUAGGCGAUGCGACGCCCCUGUGGGACGAAUAGAUUAUCAAACAUCCGUCGGAGGCCGGUGUUUGGAGGAAAGCAAGCGUUUUUGUAGCAAUCGAAGCGUGAAGGAAUGCAAAGGAGAAAGUGCUGUUGGAGUGUACAAUCCCUGAUUUAGUUGAUAAAACAACGCAAAACAAGUAACAAAAGAAGAAACAAAAUCUUGACGGGGAUUUUUUUCCCAAGACAAAGAAUGCAAAAGAAAAGAUUGUGUUUUAAUUGUAUAGGUUUUUCAAGCCCCCAGAACGUGCUUGUCGAAAUUUACACGUCUCUGGACGCGUAAGCAGCUGAUGGUAGCCCCACGGUCAGGCUAAGCGAUACCGGAAGCGCUCUGCAAGACGCACAACGUCCAAGGACGACCACCAAGGCGCCCACUGUUCUUUGCCGGACGACUGGAGCGAACUGUUAUUGGGUUGCGUCGUGCUACGAGCCGCUUCCAGAUUACUAAUAUUGUUAUUAUUAUUUGCUUUGCGAUAAGUCCAUCCGGAAGCCGGCCGUCGUCGGGUUUGUAGGGCUGAAUAUGCAAAUUCAACGAUUAGCAAUCACGAAACAUAAGGAGAAGCAUCUUUGAGGUAUAGGCAAUUCAAAUUGUUCGAUUGUAUUACAUUUUAAUUGGGAGUAAAAAAGCUUGCAUUAUCCUUUAAAUGGUGUCGACCGGUCGGCAAGUCACGUGGUUGGGCCGGGCAGCGCUGCUAGUGUAUAACGUUUAAUUUAAGAACUCAAAAAUCGUAUCUUAGGCUUGAAUAAAAUCAUACAAUUUU